AUUCCAGAGGGCGAUUGGUUCUGUCGGGGCUGCGGUUAUUGCAGGAGUUGUUUUUAUUCAAGUCGUCACCGCAUUUGUUUAG